AUGUCUCAUCAAUAUCAACAAGCACAAUAUUCUGACAAUGCAGGAGGAGGAGGCGGUGGAUACGGUAAUUCAUAUGGAAACAAUUACGGCGGAGGAUAUAGCGAUGAACCUCAAGGUGGGAAUUAUGCCAAUAACAAUUACGGUGGCCAAACAGGUGGCGGCAACUGUAAGCAUACAUCUCGUGUCUUGUAUCUCGAUCAACGCUGA